ACUGCAUUUUGUGUGUGUAAUUCUGUGGGGUUUAUGUUUAUUCAAUUCAAUUUCGUAAUUUACUAAUUCUGUAUUUUUGUUAGAUGAUUUUCUAAAUUAUUAUCAGUUAAAUCCCCCUUUUGAAUUCUGAAAAGGAAAGGUUAUGAAUUUAUUAUGAUUGCCCAUUUAUUAAUUAUUAUGUUUAUUUUGAACUCUUGAUUAUUUAUGUAAAAAAAUUAAUUGUUUUAAUGGUGAUUGUUUAUUGCGUAUUUAUGAUUCAACUCUUUUGAAUUCUUGAUGGUUUUUUUUUUUCUUUUUUCUUUUCAAUAUAAGUACAACGGUUAUUUAGUGCAUCUUGUUAACAUUAUACAGAGGAGUACUGCAUUUUGAUUUAAUAGCUAUAUUGUUAGUCUUAUGAUUGAGAAUCUUGAAGAUGAAAAAACUCUUCUUUUUCAAGUCAUCUACAUCUAGCAAUGGAACAAACAAAGAUAAACAAUUGCAAACACAUAAUUCAAUAGGGGAUGGACUUCUUAGGACCAGCAAAUCCGGAUCCAAAAAGGCGGCUGCAUAUGAGGAUCAUAAUCAAGAUCAAACCGGCCCGUUUCUUAGAAGGAGCCGAUCGUAUUCUUCGGCUGCUUUUCUUGAUAGCAGGCUGCUAAGAACUCAAAAUGACUCUCCUUCCAGCAGCAGUAGUAAUAUUCCUCAAAAGCAGUCUGCUUCUCGUUCUUCACGGCGAGCACUUACACCCGAGAGGCCAUCGAGGUCAAAAUGGUUUCAAGAUGCCGCAAUCGACGCUGCACAUAAAACCGAAAAGUUAGCUUUCACUGGGGUCGAUAAUCUUUCAUCCGAAAGCUCAUCGUAUUGCUCAAGUAAGGUUUUAGACCGAUACAUUGACGGUGAACAACACCAAGAAUGGACAUCUAGACACAUCAACUCCAACACAAAGACUCAUGUUUCUCAACCAAAUGGCGGUGUACAAAAGCCGCCACGUGUCCAAUACGCCGCACCUGCGUCACAUUCACCUACUGGUAGUGGAGUCAAUCAUAGACCAAAGUCACAUUCUUUUAGAGACCCGAAUCGAGAAUCUAAACUCUACAUGUCUACACGCGACUGGGUUGAGAAUUCGGUAGCUCAUGAAUCCCCACGAAAACUCGCCAAGCAAGUGGUUGAAAGACUUUCACAGUCUCGUGUGUUGCCACGAGUUGACUCGAACUCGAAGGAGUUUGACCUCGAUAUUCCCAUCACACUUUCCGAUAUCUACGGUGGGUCCCAAAAUUGUUUACCUCGAGACGGACCUGAAGAAAUAAAUUACAGGUUUGAUGAUGAUUGCACUAGGGUUUUGGAUUAUGAAGAAUCAGAAGAUGCUGAUGAGAUGACAUUACUAAAGGCUGAAUUGGAAUCCCGUACGCGAAAACUUGAAAAAGAGCGAAACGAAUUGCAGUUGACUUUGGAGAAAGAGUUGGAUCGGAGGUCAACCGAGUGGUCAACGAAGCUGGAGAAAUGUAAAACCGAAGAACACCGGCUUCGCGAAAGAGUUCGUGAACUCGCGGAACAAAAUGUGUCGCUUCAACGCGAAGUGUCAUUGCUUGGAGAAAAAGAAUUAGAUAAUCAAAGCAGAAUUAAGCUUUCGGGACAACAAGUUAAGGAUAUGACAGUAAAGAUGGACGAGUUAGUCAAAGAGAAUCAGAAGCUUCAACAAGAUGUUUCGGAAUUAAAAGAUAGAUACGUAGCAACGGAAGAAGAUCGAGAUUUGUUUAAACGAAACUUGGAAUCGAAAGAUAAAGAAUGCAACGAGUUGCGCAAAUCUAUCACAAGACUCGUUCGAACUACCAACGAACAAGAGAAAACUAUCCAAGGGUUGCGUGAGGGAUUUAGUGACCAAAACCAACGGUCAAAGAUGCAAACCGAGCUUCUUAGAUUAUCCGGAGUUGAACAAGCUUUAAGAAAGGAGGUAGAAUCAUAUAGGCUCGAGGCUGAAUCUCUUAGACGUGAAAAUAUUAACCUUUUGAACCGUUUAAAAGGAAAUCCAAACGACAAUGGCUUUUCGACACUCAAGCUUGACCAACAAGUGUGGGACAGUAUUCAUUGCUUGCAAAGCCAAGGAACGGGCUUGAUUAACGAUAGCGUGCACCUAUGCGAAAAGUUAAUCGAAAAUAUUAAAGAAAGAGCGUUACAAAACGGCUUAGAUAGCCAGUUUAUCAUGGAAUCCGAUAUGAAACUUCAAGGGUUUAAACGGGGCGCUAAAAGUUUAACGAGAGGUUUGCAGGUUGUGUCUAAUGUGCAGCGUGAGAAGUCUAGCACGGGAACUUUAGAUAACGAGUGUUCGGAGGAUGUUGUGAAAUCGGACUUGAAAGCUGAAGCGUUAAUGACGAGUUUGCUGAGGGAGAAACUGUAUUCGAAAGAGGUGGAUGUAGAACGACUCGAGGCUGAGCUGGCGACGGCUGUUAGAGGAAACGAUGUUUUGAGAUGCGAAGUGCAAAACGCUAUGGAUAAUCUUUCUUGCGUUACUCACAAGAUGAAAGAUCUUGAAAUGCAGGUGUUCAAGAAAGACGAAAGCAUUUAUCAUCUACAAAACAGUCUCCAAGAAUGCCGAAAAGAACUAUCAAUCGUUAACGGGAUCCUACCAAAAGUAUCCGAAGAACGCGACAUGAUGUGGGACGAGGUAAAGCAAUACAGCGAGAACAACAUGUUGUUGACUUCCGAAAUUGGAAUGCUGAAAAAGAAGGUAGAAGCUCUUGAUGAAGACGUGUUGUUAAAAGAAGGCCAGAUCACGAUCCUGAAAGAUGCGCUCGGGAAGCCCUUUGAUCUUCUUUCGAGCCCGGUUUCUAGUAAAGGGUUCUUGGUGUGAGAGUUGAUCAAUGUUCAUACUUCUUAGAUUUUGGUUUCUUUUGUAAGUAAGGUGGUAAAUGGUGAUAGUUUGUGAACAAAUGUUUUUACAUUUUUUUAAAAGUUGUUGCCAAUGUUAAUUGGCUUGAAACUUGGUU